UGAUAAUUUUUUUAGUAAAACAUACAUAAUGGAGGAAGAUUUGUUGGCAGCAGCAGGAUAUAUGACGUGUGUUGCAGCUGCUUUGUCAUUAUAUGCGUCUGCAAAAGAAAAGCAAGAAACAUCAAAUUCUAAAAAAAGGGAAUGGGUUAAGACAUGGAGACUGAAAAGGAUUGAAAAUAGCUCAUUUAAGUUCUUGUAUGAUGAACUUCGUCUGAAUGACAAAGAUAGUUAUCGUCGUUAUUUAAGAAUGGACGAAGAAUGUUUCAAUGAAAUUUUAAAACUUGUGGAACCCUUGAUUCUCAAAGAGACGACUCAAAUGAGAGAUCCGAUUGAUCCUCGAGAAAGUUUGGCCAUGUUACUACGUUUUCUUGCUACUGGGGAAUCUUACAGGAGCUUGGACUUUCAAACCCGGCUAUCGCACUCAUUCAUUAGCAAAUUUAUACCAAGAUGUUGCUCUGCCAUUUAUUCAUCUUUAAAAGGAAGAUAUUUAAAAUUUCCGAGGAGCUUUAUGGAGUGGGAGGAUGUGGCUGAUGUAUGAUGUGGAUCUUGUAUUGAUAAUCCUUC